AUGACGCCUAGAGCAAUCAAUGGGAGGAAGAGGCUUUUUAGAUUCCAGUCUUGUUGGUUGCUAGACCCUUCUUUCCCAAAUGUUGUUUCUCAAGCGUGGAGAGAUAGUUUAGUAGAUGCUAUUGGAAACUUUACUAUAGAAGCUUCUGCUUGGAAUAAAGGCAAGUUUGGGAAUAUUUUUGCAAAGAAGAAGAAUUUGUUGGCCAGAAUUAAUGGUAUUCAGAGGGCAGUAGCUUUGAAACCCUCGAAUUUUUUGUUGAACCUCGAAAAUGAUCUUCUUAAGGAGCUCGACUCAGUCCUUAAUCAAGAGGAGGAAUUUUGGGCUCUUAAAUCCAGGGUGAAUUGGAUGAUUCAGGGUGAUCGAAACACAGCUUUUUAUCAUGUUUCCACGUUGGUAAGAAGGAAGAGGAACCAGAUUUUGGCAAUUAAAGAUAAUGUUGGGGAGUGGAUAAAUGAAGAAGAUUCGGUAAAGGAGUUCAUUAGGAAGGGCUUUAUUGGGAUUUAUUCAACAUCGCUGGCCAAUGCUUCAAGAAUAAAUCCCACCUUGUCUCACUCGCAGCCUAGACUAUCUGAUGUGGAGAGGGAUAUUAUCAGUGGGGUUGCUUCUGAGGAGGAAAUUAGGAAUGCUAUGUGGUCCUUAAAGCCUUUUAAGGCUCCUGGUCCAGAUGAGCUUCAUGCGGGGUUUUUCCAGAAGUUUUGGCCUGUGGUGGGGGGGAUCGGUGAUAGAGGAAGUGAAGAGGAUUUUUGUGGAGAGGGUAAUGCCUGA